AUGUCAGACAGCAGCCGCAGAGUUGGCGAGAACGGCUUAGAGGAGGAUGGAGAUGAGGAAAAUGUCAUUUUAACUCUGGUUCCAAUCACAGAGGAAGACAAUCUGCGAAUGGAGCCAGAUGUUUCAUCAACUGCAGGACUCGCACCUAUGAGUCUCGGGGAGACCGAUACCGCUCACCUUCCACAAAAGAAGGAAGAGCUCAGACCUAAGGGCAAAGCGGUGGUGCCCCCCUUGCCGACCGUCCUGCCUCCGGUGACCGAGGUGGCCCGGGACACCCUGCGGAGCUGGUGCCAGCAGUUCAACUUGAGCACGGACGGCCAGAAAAUCGAGGUCUACUUGCGGCUACAGAAGCACGCGUACCCCCAACAGGAAUGUGAAGUGCCUGGGACAUCCAAGGAGGCCAAACUGCAGCGAAGCUUCAGGAAACGCAGGGCGAGGACCAAGAGAAUGAAAGACCUGGUGGAAGGGCUGGAGAGGAGUUUGAAAGAGGAGGAGGCCAAUGUGGUCGAAGUGGUGACUUCCGCUCAGGCGUCCAUGCUGGCGGCUUGGGCACGCAUAGCGGCGAGAGCUGGUCGGCCCAGAGCUGUGACUUCCUGUCCCAUUCCCAGUGAUGUGGAGGCCUUCUUGCCACAAGCCCUUGGUGGCAGAUGGUGUGUGGUCCACGGCCAGCUUCGUGCUGCAGAUGUGGCGGGCUGGGUUCGCCUGCAGUUCUGCGCAGGUGACACCUGGGUCCCUGACACUCCUAGGAGAAUGACCUCCUUCACUCUACUACCAGCCUGCAUCUUCCCAUCCCCAGGAACAGAAGAUAACCUGCUAUGUCCUGAGUGUGUUCAGAGGAAUAAGAAGGUGAUGAGGAAAAUAAUUAUGGGAGAGAAGAUGAGACAUCCUGUAGGAGACCAAAACAUGCCCCCUUAG